AUGGCUGACGGACCUUCGAAAGAUGAGCUCGUCGAGAUCUUCAAGUCGCUCAAGACGACUCAGAAGGGUAACAAGGUCUGCUUCGACUGCGGAGCCAAGAACCCGACGUGGGCGAGCGCCACCUUUGCCAUCUACAUCUGCCUCGACUGCUCCUCGGUCCAUCGAAACAUGGGCGUACACAUCACCUUUGUUCGAUCGACCAACCUCGACUCGUGGCACUGGUCCCAGCUCCGUCUGAUGAAGGUCGGAGGCAACGCCGCCGCCACCGACUUCUUCACCCGCAAGGGCGCGGCCCACCUCCUCAACCCUUCCACCGAGGGCAAGGUCAAGUACACCUCGGCCGUCGCCCAGGCCUACAAGGACGAGCUGCAGAAGCGGGCGCUGCAGGAUGCCGCGGGCCAGAGCCUCAACAGCCCCGUCUACUUCCCCGGCCUGGCGGCGGCGCCUACGACCUCGACGCUCGCACCCACCAACGGCAAAGGUGUCGGCGGCGGCGGUGGCGACGACGACGAUUUCUUCGACGAGUGGGACAAGCCCGCCGGAGCGGCGGCCGCCAAGGCGAAGCCUGCCGCUGCUGCCGCACCCAAGCCCGCUGCAGCCCCAGCUGCGGUGCCUGCUGCUGCAGCCAAGCCGCCUGCCGCACCCCGUACCGUCACAUCCUCUUCGCUCCGAGCGACGGGCUCGGGCAACGCCAGAAAGACGCUCGGCGUCGUCAGCCGCACCUCGUCUCCUGGCUCGACUCCGGGCACCACGACGCCGACGGGGACAGCGCCGAGCGGCAACGCCUCCGUCGGCGCGCGGCCCGCUGGACGGGCUGGAAAGCUGGGCCUGGGCGUCAAGAAGGCGGGCGCCCCCAUCGACUUUGACGCUGUCGAGAGGAAGGCCAGAGAGGAGGAGGCCGCCGCUCGCCUCGCCGCCGACCAGGCCAGGCAGGCCGAGGAGAAGAAGGCCGAGGAGGCCCGCAAGGCCGGUGAGGCCGCCGAGGCCGAGAGGAUAGCGAGAGAGGCGAUCCAGGCGGCCACGGGCAAGCUCAAGGCCGGAGGAGCUGCAGCCAGCUCGCCGUCCCCAGCGACAGCGAUGGCCGCCGGCGGGCUCAACAGCAAGGGAGUCAGCGAAGGCGAGGUGGACCGUCUGGGUAUGGGCUUCGGCCGGCUCGGCAUGAAGGCCAACGCGCACCAGGCCAAGCUCGCCGCCGAACGAGCCGCGGCGGCGUCGCGCAACGCCUCGGCGUCGGCCGACGCGGACAGCAACGGGGCCGACGAGCCCAACUACGCGCGCUCGACGUUUUCGUCGCAGAAGUCGAUCUCGUCGGACCAGUACUUCCAGCGCGGCGGCUACGACCCCAACCUCUCGUCCGAGGCCAAGGCGCGGCUGCAGAACUUCCAAGGUCAGACGUCGAUCUCGUCGAACCAGUACUUUGGCCGGGACGAAGACGACGACGACGAGGGCGGCCAGGACGGCCUCAACGCGGCGCGCGACGGUGCCGCCGAUUUCGGCAACGACCUCGAGGCGACGGCGCGAGAGUACUACCGCAAGUUUAUGGCCAACCCGGACGUCCAGAGCAGCAUCGACAGCUUCCGCAGCGGUGCGCUCAAGCUGAGCCAGUACCUCGAGGACAUGAGCCGUAACGGCGCCUAA